GUGGCUAAGGGGACAGGGCUGAGUGAAAAGUCCCAGCUGACUCUCAGAAGUCACCACCUAAGCAUCAAACCUGAAUAACCGGGACAGACGUAAGGUCAGGCGACUUUCAGUGGUUCCUGCCUGCCCACGCUGCAGGUUUUUCAGGUCCCUGCUUGAGCGUGCACUCCCAGGCGUAAAUAAAACGUGCGAUCAGCAGCCACGUCAGCCAGCAGGCUAUUUAAGCAGACAGGCACCAGCAUCCGCUGCUUCCCAGCCCAGAGCUCGCCCAGACUUCCACACGCGCACGGACCAUGUCGGCGCAGACCGCGAGCGGCCCCACGGAGGACCAGGUGGAGAUCCUGGAGUACAACUUCAACAAGGUCAACAAGCACCCGGACCCCACCACGCUGUGCCUCAUCGCAGCCGAGGCGGGUCUCACGGAGGAGCAGACGCAGAAAUGGUUUAAGCAGCGCCUGGCAGAGUGGCGGCGGUCAGAAGGCUUGCCUUCGGAAUGCAGAUCUGUUACGGACUAGGGAGCCAGGCCCUUGAGCUUGCUCUUGGAACUCCAUCUCUUCUUCCUUCCCUCGGCUUACCCAGGCUGUUUUGAUGUUUCAGUGCAGUGUUGAAUGUCUCAUUGUUUUGCUGUCCUGCUAUUUAACACAAUGUGUUUUUUUUUUUUAUGUAUAUAACUAAAAAAAAAAAAAUCCAAAAUAACAGGGAGCUAAAUGCAGUUCUGUGUAAAGUGAUGGCUUGGCUGGGGGCAGGGGUGUGGCUUGCCUUUGGAUUUUAAUGAAAGAUGAUGUGGGAACCGUCUUCGUUUGCCCUUGGCCAUCACCUUCCAGUAGUAAUUCAUAUGGACCAUCCCCUUCAGAGCUGCCUGGCUUCUAUUGAAAAGAUAACAGAACAGGCAGGGGAACACCUCCUGAGUUCACUUCCCUGUGCUCCCUCCUUCUGCUUCACUAAACACACUGGUGGUUGAAUGAGAACGUGGGUGUAUUUGAGUCAUUCAAAUUAUAUAUAUAUAUAUAUAUAUAUAUAUAUAUAUAUAUAUAUGAAUGAAUGAACAGUUCCUUCCCUUACAGCUGUGUUACCUUGGAAAGCAACCUAGUAUAGCAGCUAUGGAUUCCAAGGGGCAGAAAAGCAAGUAGCUAAGGAAAAAAAAAGUUACAGAGUCUAGAAUUUACCUUAUUUAAAUGAACUUGUUAAAUUUAUUUUGCUGAAUAAAAUGAACUGCUUUUGUGUUAAAAAUUAUAUUCUAAAUUAAAAAAAACGUUAAGUUGAAAAUU